AUGAGAACGAGGCCUAGAGCUUGUCUCUAUGCUAUUCAUGGUCUUAUACAUUUCACGUUUUCCAUAUUUUGUGUGCUGUUCACAGUAUAUUCCAUUUCAACAGUAUACGGCGUGUUUCUCGAGAAAAAAUUCUUCCUCCUUCCUUUCAUCUGCAUUCAGGGUUUGAUCACUGUCAUCAUGUUUCUUGCGACUCUUGCUCUAGCCGUAGUUGGUGUUGCAACGAACGCCAUUCAAAAACAUCAUGAGGACUCACGGCCAUUGAGGGAUCUUUACUACCAGUACAGCCUUGAUCCAGAUGACGAAAUUAGUGAGUAG